AUGCCACCCAAGGCACACCCAAUAGCCGAACCAUCCGAUCUCCCAAUUCACCCCUUUAGAUCGGCCGCUGAAUUUGAACAUUUUCUGGAGCGGGAGCAUUCCACAUCUCCAGGGAUCUACGUGAAACUGGCCAAAAAGUCUUCCGGCAUUCCUUCUGUCUCUCGCGAUGAAGCUGUGGAGACGGCGUUGUGUUUCGGAUGGAUCGAUGGUCGUGCGCAUGCGUACGAUGAGGACUGGUGGCUGGUGCGAUAUACCCCACGACGUGCGAAGAGCAUCUGGUCCAAGAAGAACGUGACGACCGUAGAACUAUUGCUGAACGCCGGUCGUAUGCGGCCAGCCGGGUUGGCCGUGGUGGAAGCUGCACAGGCGGACGGUCGCUGGGCUCGUGCAUACGAUGGCCCGGCCACUAUCACGGUGCCGGAUGAUCUAGCAGCUGCGCUGACGCAGACGCCAGAAGCCGCGACUUUUUUUGAAGGGUUGAAUCGGUCAGACAGGUACUCGGUCUUGGUUCAACUUCAGUGGACUGCUCCACAGCGCCGAGCGAAGCGCAUCGGCACAUUGGUCCAAAUGCUAGCAGAUGGUAAAACGCCAGGAGUGUCAGUCAAGUCAGCCAAAGCAAGUAAACGGAAAUCUGUGGAUAGGAACCAUGACCAGGAUGGACGUCGGAAAACAUCGAAAAAGACCUGA